AUGCACAGACACACUGAAUCCGAAACUGAAGAUGACGGUUUCGAGCUUCUUGACGCGGACUUGGCAACGAGGCUGAAGAUUGACAGCAACCUCAACUGCGAUCCCUUGGACUUGAAAAUCGAUCUGCAGCCGACUGGAGCGGCCGGUGAGAUGUUGCUGUCCAUAUCUCCCCCCCGGAAACCGUAUGAUGGAAGAGAGCAUACAUCUUGCGACAUUGUCCUCGUUAUCGAUAUCUCAGCCAGCAUGAAUACAUUGGCAGAACUACCCGAUCAACAUGACAUGGAACAGAAGGAGAGAUCGGGUCUAAGCAUACUAGACCUAGUCAAGCACGCCUCAAGGACAAUCUUGGAGAAACUAAACGAUCGCGAUAGAUUGGCUGUCGUAACGUUCUCGACCACCGCAACAAUUGUGCAACGUUUGCUCCACAUGACGGAUGCUGCGAAGGCAGAGACGUGGCAAAGAAUUGAAGAGCUUGAGGUAAAAGACUGCACGAAUUUAUGGUCAGGGCUGCAUGAAGGACUCAAGACCUUCGAGGAGACAGAGAGAAUUGGCAAUGUGCAAGGCAUGUUUAUCCUCACAGACGGCAUUCCAAAUCACAUGUGCCCGAGUCAAGGAUACGUGAAAAAGCUUCAGCCAAUACUCGAUGGACUACAGGCCAAAGACUGUGCAGCACCUACAAUAUCGACGUUCGGUUUCGGGUACAACUUGCGCUCAGCUCUGAUGCGGUCCAUAGCAGAAGUCGGCAGAGGACACUACGCUUUCAUUCCAGACGCUGGGAUGAUUGCUACGGUUUUUGUACAUGCGGUUGCGAACCUGUUUUCCACGUUCGCAGCAAGUGCGAAGGUUCUGCUCGAGUGCUCGAAUCCCAGAGCUUCUGUCGUCCUUCCACCGUACCUCAAAUUUGAUCAGGAUCAAUUGAUUGGCACUAAGAGGACGCUUCAGCUAGGCCCUUUGCGGUAUGGGCAUCCACGAAACAUUAUUGUGAAAAUUGAUAUUGCUCGACCGAAGGACCAUUUGAAUGCAACGCUUCGAUGCCAUGUAGGGGGAGAUGCUACCUACACCAAGACUGCCACGGGUCACUUCAAGUAUCCCACCAAGCUUCACCCAACUACAAUCGACUACCACGUAUCUCGCCAUGAGCUCUGCGUCUUCCUGGCGUCACUACAAAGCACCAACCUAAACGACGAAUACGUUGCACUUACCCCAGCGGCGGUCGCCGCUCGUGCUCCUGCACUAAAGGCCCUCAUUUCGAGCAUAGAAUCUCGACUCGCAAACGCCCAACCAGACAAUGAGUCCGAUACCGACAAUCUCACUGCUCUUCUUGCCGAUCUUAAGACCUCCGAUCCUCCAAACUCUCACAAUGGAGGGCAAAUCUCUCACGCCAUGAACACUGAAUCGUCCACCUCCCGUCGACCAUCUAGCCUCGACACCUCUUCACUAGCACACUUUCGCCCUCAUGGCUACCAAAGCACUUAUUACAGUCGAUGGGGCAUCCACUAUCUCCCCUCAAUUCUGCACGCCCACAUGCGCCAAAUAUGCACAUCCUUCAAAGACCCUGGACCUCUGCGCUACGGCAUAAACAGUCCACUAUUCAUCAAAUGUCGCGAUGAGCUCGACGCAGCAUUCGAUAACCUUCCAGCACCUAAACCAAGUUUGACAAGGUACAGUCAUUCUUUUCGGUCGCAUAGUCCGACCUCCAAUACCUACUUUGAUACGUCCACGAUCAGGAUGAGCAGGUUCAAUAGUGUGAGUAAUCCGUGCUUCAGUGGGGACUGUCGCAUUCGAAUGGCCAGCCAUGAAGAUAACGCCGCUGGCAUGACGGUGGAACAACUGAGAGUCGGUGAUUUUGUCUGGACUCCUGCUGGUGGGAGAAUGGUCAGAGCGAUCGUGAAGACGAACGUCAAAGGACAGCAGAUGUGUAAGAUUGGCGGUGAUGGAACUGAGCUCCUGAUCACGCCUUGGCAUCCUAUCUGGUGGAAUGGGGACUGGACGUUUCCUUAUGAUAUAUGCAAGGCCGGCCACGGGGAGAAGAAAACUAUGCCAAAAGGCAACAUCUAUUCCAUCAUGCUUGAGAAGGACGACAUACCUGAUGCUCAUAUGGUCUCAAUCGAGGGUGUGAGGGUUGUCACGCUAGGUCAUGGUCUGACAAAUCACAGACAAAUAUCCGAUGUGAGACAUCACUCCUUCUUCGGGGAUUACGACCUCAUCGAGAAGAGCCUGUCAAGGCUGAGCAAAGACGAAUCUAGCAGGAGAAUUAGUGGCGGUAUUGUGAAGAAGGAGACGAGCUCACAUGGCGAAGCUGCAUACCGAUUUGUGACACCAGAGGAAGCAGCUGUAAUCAGAACACAGGCAGCAGAAGUGAAGAUGAAGUCGAGGCUCUAA